AUGAGUAACAUUUAUGAGUCCGCGGCCAACACACUCGGCCUCUUCAGCAGCCCCUGCCUGACCAAGGUGGAGCUGCGUGUGGCGUGUAAAGGCAUCUCAGACAGGGACGCCCUGUCCAAACCCGACCCCUGCGUCGUGCUCAAGAUGCAGUCCCACGGCCAGUGGUUUGAGGUGGACCGUACGGAGGUGAUUCGGAGUAGCAUCGGCCCCGUGUUCUCUAAAGUCUUCACAGUGGACUUCUACUUUGAGGAGGUGCAGCGUCUCCGAUUUGAACUCCACGACAUCAGCAGCAGUCAUAACGGGCUGAAGGAGGCGGACUUUCUGGGAGCAAUGGAGUGUACGCUUGGCCAGAUCGUAUCUCAGCGUAAACUCGCCAAAGCUUUACUGAAACAGGGGAACACAGCAGGAAAGUCCUCUAUCACGGUUACAGCUGAGGAACUUUCUGGAAAUGAUGACUAUGUAGAGCUGGCCUUCAGUGCAAAGAAACUAGAUGAUAAGGACUUUUUCAGCAAAUCAGAUCCGUUUCUAGAAAUCUUCAGAGUGAAUGAUGAUGGAACCUGUUCACUUGUGCACAGGACGGAGACCAUCAUGAACAACCUCAACCCCGUGUGGAAGUCAUUCAAAGUUUCACUGAAUACACUCUGCAGUGGUGACCAUGAACGGGAACUGAGGUGCACAGUUUGGGACUGGGACUCAAAUGGGAAACACGACUUCAUUGGAGAAUUCCAGACAACCUUCAAAGAGAUGAAGACUGCCAUGGAUGGGAAACAGAUCCAGUGGGAAUGCAUAAACCCCAAAUAUCAGAUGAAAAAGAAGAAUUACCGAAACUCUGGAGUGGUGAUUCUGACCCAGUGCAAGAUCAUUAAGAUGCACUCAUUUUUGGACUACAUCAUGGGUGGCUGUCAAAUCCAGUUUACAGUGGCGAUCGAUUUCACUGCCUCAAAUGGAGAUCCCAGAAACAGCUGUUCACUCCACUACAUUCACCCAUAUCAGCCCAAUGAAUACCUGAAAGCCCUGGUGGCUGUGGGGGAGAUCUGCCAGGACUAUGACAGCGACAAGAUGUUUCCUGCGUUUGGUUUUGGAGCACAAAUUCCCCCAGAUUUCAAGGUGUCACAUGACUUUGCUGUCAAUUUUGAUGAAGAAAACCCAGAGUGUGCUGGAAUCCAGGGGGUGGUGGAGGCCUAUCAGAACUGCCUCCCAAAGAUACAGCUGUAUGGCCCAACCAACAUCGCGCCCAUCAUACAGAAAGUGGCCAAUUCUGCCUCUGAGGAGAUGCACACUAAAGAAGCUAUGGAGUACUUCAUCCUGUUGAUUCUGACUGACGGCGUGAUCACCGACAUGGCGGACACACGAGAGGCCAUAGUCCACGCCUCUCACCUGCCCAUGUCUGUCAUCAUCGUGGGCGUGGGCAACGCUGACUUCAGUGACAUGCAGAUGCUGGAUGGAGAUGACGGGAUCCUUCGCUCGCCCAAAGGAGAGCCCGUCCUCCGCGACAUCGUGCAGUUUGUGCCCUUCCGUAAUUUUAAACACGCCUCCCCCGCCGCGCUGGCCAAGAGCGUGUUAGCUGAGGUGCCAAACCAAGUGGUGGAUUAUUACAACAGUAAAGGCAUCAAACCCAAAUGUCUCUCCGACUUUGAAUCUUCCAAAGCCUUUAGCCCCUGA